ACAGGCAGCUCUGACAGUAGACGUUGAAAACAUACACACACAUCAUGUAACAGAAAAGUUGUGUUGUUUCGCAAAAUUUAGUGUGUAAAUAAGGGUUUUAGCUCGCCGGUUGGCCGAUUCUUAGCCAGAGUGCCGAUCAACCGCCCGGUACUGCCAGCAUGCUUCACAUAUACCGCACUACAGCUCGUUCUAAACGAGCGCUCAUCGGGUAUGGUCACAUCCGGCAGAUACUAGUGCCACCGACCGGGAGACAACAACGAUCACCCUUAUGCUGGCCGAUACGGCAUUGCAGUGCCAAUGUGCGAACGUUCGACACAAUGCUUUCCACCCGCCGUGCGGAAGCGAGAAAGAGCAUACUGGUGCAGGUGAGCUCGGAACGAUCAUACAACGAGCUGUACCACUAUUGCUCACAGUUUGGCACAAUCCAAAGCUCGCACCACUACCGCGUGGAUGGCGACGGGGAUGGCGAUUGCCAUUACAUACUGCUCGAGUUCGGCUCGUCCGCCGAGGCGGAUGCGGCCAUGCAGUCCGGUGUGUUCAGUACCGAGCGACCAGGUGUCCGGGCCCGGUCAAUCUUUCUCUGGUUCCGCACCGGCCCCAAACCGAAGCUGAUUGCGCAGGAGGAACCGAACCGGUCGCUUGCCCUGAUCGACGGCACCCGGCCGAUACAGGAGGCGGAACUGAAUGGGCUCCUGACGGCGGCGGAAAGCAUCGACGACCAGGUGACCAUUCUGCACCGCGUUACGAAGCUUAACGAUCUCGGCAAACGGUUGCGUUUCCUAGCCGUGCGACAGUUGGAAUCUUCCCUGCAGGGAAUGUUCCCCCAGGCAGUGGCGCAUCCGUUCGGGUCCUCCGUCAACGGGUACGGCCGGAUGGGCUGCGACCUGGACGUGAUAAUGGAUCUGGACUCCCGGUCCGGGGAACCGCCGGAUCGAAACUCACGGCUCGUGUAUCACACCAAAGCAACCAACCCGAACGAGCGGACGCAGGUACAGCGGCAGCUGGAAUCGAUCGGUGACGUGCUGCAACUGUUUCUACCGGGCGUGAACAGUGUGCGCCGGAUACUGAAGGCGCGGGUGCCGAUCGUCAAGUACCACCACGAGCAUUUGGACCUGGAGAUUGACCUCACCAUGAACAAUACGGCGGGCGUGUACAUGUCCGAGCUGCUGUACCUGUUCGGCCAGCUGGACGCCCGGGUCCGUCCGCUCACGUUCUGCGUGCGCCGCUGGGCACAGUCGGUCGGGCUGACGAAUCAAACGCCCGGCUACUGGAUUACAAACUUUUCGCUCACCAUGCUGGUCAUGUACUUCCUGCAGCAGCUGGCCCGCCCCGUGCUACCGUCGAUCAACCGACUGAUUCAGCUCAGUGCCAGCUUCACAUCGCCAAGCAGCACGCCGGUCACGCGGUUCGGCGAGGGGGAAAGCGAAUGGGCCUACACGUUCCUUAAAAAUUCUUCCAUCUACGGUUCGUUCCGUAGCGAGAACGAGGCGACGCUCGAGCAGCUGUUGGUGCAGUUUUUCGAGUUUUACUCACAGUUUGACUUCAGCCAGCGCGCAAUCAGUCUCAACCUCGGCUCCACUAUACUGAAACCCGACCACAGCCCGAUGUACAUCGUGAACCCGCUGGAAACGGUGCUGAACGUGAGCAAGAACGUUAAUCUCGAGGAGACGGAACUGUUUCGGAUGCAGGUACGCAAUGCGGUGUGGCUGCUGGAAGCGCAUGGGAAGGAAACGGGCGCACCGACCGAACCGUGGGGUCUCGUGAGCCUGUUCGGACCGAAGCAGCAGGAGCGCAUUACGCCGCAGAUGUUCUUCACCAAACGGCUGCUGAAUGUGAAGGACAUCUUCGAUGAGGUGCCGGCGGACGCACCGACACAGUAUCGCAACCCGGCCGUUAAGAGCCAGGUGGCGGCCAUACAGCGUGCGACAAAGGCGGAACUGCACAAGCUGGGAGCGGGAGGUGGUGGUAGCAGUAAUCGAACGGGCGGCGUCGAACCGAGGACAUCUUCCCCGAUUGAAGGCACGGGCGUAAAGCUAAAGCGAAACACGAAACGGCGGUGAUAGGGGGGGGAGUCGUUGGGGCGAGAAGUGUUAGGUUAGUUUGCGGGGAAGUUAAUAAAAGUGAGUGACGACACACUAACGAGCUAGCGGAAAUCCAGAUGA